AUGCGCCGACUGCUGUCCAAGAAGCCCCGCGAUCUCCUCCCGGGCGAGGUUCGUUUCUUCUCCUUUUACCAACCCUCGCUGCAGGGCGGCAUCCACACGGUCGAGGUAUGGCAGGACGUCACCGUUCCCGAUGAAGAAAAGCCGGGCAAGAUCGAUGCCGACACCCAAGAGUUCAAUGUCAUCGCCCCGCGGUACAACCUGCCCGCCGGCGCCGUGGACUCCGUGUACCCUCCGCCCGGCGAGAGCGCGCCCGUGACGGUGCUGCCGCACAUCGUCCUCAAGGACGCGCACAUGCCGUGGAACCGCGACCCGACGUUUGUCGAGCACGAGGUGCAAGACAAGGACCCGCGGAACCUCGCGCCCUGGCUGCUCCUGCUGGUCUUCACCCCCGACGAGCUCCGGCUAGAGCCGAGCGAUCUCGGCGACGUCCUGACGCGGCUCCCUGAGGUCGAACGCAAGCAAAGCGAGACCAUGGCGGUGCGCAUGCGCGCCCGGGAGACGCCAUUUCUGAACGGGGUUGUCAACGCGAUCCCGUUUGACGAGACGAAUGACGCUCACGAUGCCGAGGGCCCCGUCGACGUCAGUGACGCUCUCGACGUGUCGCAGUACAAGUAUUUGGCCCACGUGCGGCAGGUUGCCGUUGACGGCAUGGCGGUGGCUGGGAAGCCGGACGCCGGAAAUGGCGAUGAUAAGGAAUCCGAACUCUUCAGCAUUGUGAUAUCGCCCCGGACCGGCCCUAUCGGAUUAAAAGUACCCACGACGACGGUUGUGCAUCUCGUCUCUCUCAAUACCAAGAAGAGCCUCCCGCUCUCGUCGGAUAGUGACCGCGUUGCCAUGGUCAGUUUGCACAGCUGGACGUACAAUUGUCUUCCCGCGGAGGAUGCCCCCGACGAAGAGGAGCAGAAAGACCCCUCCACCUCCGCCGACGAUCCGGCUCCGGACCCGCUUGACAAUAUUAUUAGCCAGCGCCAGAAGGACGGGUAUACUCUGGUGCGGCACCGGACCAUCACGGGCGAAACUACGGCUGCCAUAAUACGCGGGCCCUUUUCGCCCAAAUCCGUCCCGCACCCGCUGCGUCAGGAAAAGGAUUUUGCCAUCCAGUCCAACUUUGGCACCGAUCUCCAGAUUCUGGACCCUAACCUGUCGCUGAUGGACAUUACCUACUCGAGCGCCUGGCAGCUAGGCAAGACGCUGGGCAUGGGCGAUCAGGCUUUCUCGGCUUCCCUCGCUCGGCUCCGAGGCGCCAUCCAUGCGGCCGCUCUGGGCCGAUCCAAGGUCGACGUGCACAGCGCGCUGGGAACCUACCAGUCCAGAGGCAAUGCCGUGUCCGGGAUGCGGGACCUCGUGAAAGGUCUCAACGCCCUGAACCAGGCACUUUCGGGCGAGGCUGGGCAGUCCAUGGCCGUCGGCGCCAACCGCUGGGAUUAUUCCCACCCGGCGGCCUCGGCGUCCGGCAACAGCAACAGCACCUCCCACCACGUCGGCAUAUCCAUGCGCUCGCCGCACAUCUCCACACGCAUCGCCGCGCACGCCGAUGACGCCGCAUUUUCCCUAGCAGAGGCCUCGGACGGCUCCCUGUACAACGAGCACCAGGUCGCCAACAACCCCGAUUUCGCCCACGUCUACGCCUGGGUCCUCGACAAGCUGCACCUGGCCAACGUCCCCGCCCACUACCUACUACCGGACCCUUCGUACCUCCCGCAGGAGACGCUGAGGUUCUUCUACGUGGACGAGAACUGGACCGAGGCGCUCGUCGACGGUGCGCUGAGCCUCGCGAAUCACUGGGGCGCCACGCCCCAAGAGGACUUUUGCCGCACCGCCAUCAAGGCCGUCAUCAACAAGCGGCUCACCACGCCGGACCCAACCCUGGGCGGAUGGCAUAUCCAGAUGCCCAAGUACGGCCUCCUCGUCCGCUCGCAGCUGCUUGUGCAGUUCCCGGACAUCACCGUCUCGGUCGAGUUUGCCGCCGCACGGACAACCUCCAACACGGCGACGGGCGAGCCGGAACCGCCCAAGGCGCCGAUCCUCCGCUUCACCAUUGGCAGCCAAAUCUCCGACGACGCUCUCACCGUCUCGUACAAGAAAAUCUACACAGAGCCGGACCCCGACAAGCGCCACGACAAGGCCAACAAGAAGCCCAUCUACUCCAAGACGUUCCCCAUGCGGGACAAGGAAGUCUUUGAUCUGCAGUCGCGCACGCUCAAGGUCGAGCCCUACCUCGACAAGGUGCACGAGGCCCUCUGGACCACGCUCGACCGAGCCGAUUUCUCCGACGAGGCCAAGACCUCGGCGCUCCUAGCCCUCCAGCUCAACGAGUCCAUCCCCGAGCUCAGGAUCGCCAUCCCCUCGCGGCUGACCAAGUCUCUCCCAACCACCAGCGGGCCCGCCACCACGUUCCAAUUCACCCUCCCCACCACCACCAACAACACCACGCCGCCCCCGCCCCUCGAUCCCCUCCCACGCCACGGCCUCACCACCGCCCGAACCGCAGUCAUCCGGCCCCGCGCCCCCUCGCCGAGACGCGAAGCCCUCCUCGUCGCAGAGCGCGCCCGCAUGCUCAAAGGCCACCCCACACGCGUCCCCCACCAGCCCAACCUCUUGCACCCGGACGGCAGCGACGACCCCAACACCGCCGCCGACCUACCCAAGUGGGAACUCGCCGUGUAUACCGUACGCAACCGCCUCUUCGUCCCCAGCACCAGCCUCUUACCCGUCGACCUCAUCGUCAAAAUCGUCCGCAGCCCCACCAGCCUCGUCCCCGAUCGGCCCCUCCUCUGGAUCGAGUACUACGCCAGCAAGGCCGCCGAGGACGGCAAGCCCAAGACCCGCGGCACCGUCAACGUCAAGGUCGUCCCGCGCUCCAGCAAAGGCGUGACCAUUGACCGUAUCCCCGAGGCUAGCUUCCUGCUCUCCCGGGCCAAGAUUGCUUGGUACAAGAGCACGGAGCCCCGCAGCGCAGAGGUCAAGAUUCGGUUUGCUUAUGCGAAGCCCGAGAGUGACCGUGACAAGAGUCCCACCAUCAUUUCACAGUCCGUCUACGUUGAGCUGAGGGAAGAGAUCAUCCCGAAGCCACGCCCGACGUGA